GAUAAGUUGAUUUUUCUUUACUUUUCGAAGUUGAAUUAAGGGCACAGAGAAACGACUUAAUCACUGCCUAUGUUGAAAUUUUUAUCCCCCGAAGCAAAAGAAAUUGAGAGUAAGAAUUUGAAUGGAAAGUGAGAUGAUCUGAAAAGUUGUUUGUUCAAUGAAACGAAAGAAAAGGAGAGACAUAAAAGCGAAUCAACCUACUCGAGUAAUUAACUUUGAUGAAUUCGAAUUUCAUUUACAUGUAAAUGAAAUCGUGAGAAUAAUCUAAUCAAAGUUUCUUCAAAUUGUAAUUAACUAUUUGUUGAAGAAACUGUAAUGUCUCUGCCAAUGGACUCAAAAGUGACCGCCGUGGACUCGCGCAAUCUUUACCUUAACUACAGUAAAGGAAAGUCGAAAGUGAUCGCUCUGAACAAUUUAUCUCUUUCGAUUCCGUCGGGAUGUAUUUUCUGCUUGAUUGGUCCAUCAGGUUGUGGUAAAACCUCUUACCUACGAACAUUAAUUGGUCUAAUUAAAACCCAGUCCGGAUCAACGACAAUUUUUGGUCAUCCACUUGGUCAUCGUGACCUAAUGAUUCCAGGUAGAGAUUUGGGUUACAUGCCUCAGGACAUUGCUCUUAAUUAUGAUCUUACCAUCGGUGAGAUGUUGAAUUACUUCAAUCGUUUACUUAAUACUUAUUCCUCAUCACAAAACAACAAAGUUAUCGAUCACAAUCAUACCAAUCGAAAGUUGAACGACAUCGAUUUACUAUCAAGUUUAUCUCUUCCGAGUAAAGAUACUCUGAUCGGUUCUCUGAGUGGUGGUCAAAAGCGACGAGUGUCCUUCCUUUGUUCAAUUCUACACUCACCUAAGUUAAUUAUUCUCGAUGAACCAACAGUUGGUUGUGAUCCGGUUGUCAUAUGUUCCAUGUGGAAAUUGUUACAUUCAAUCACUUCGACUGGACAAUCAACGGUUAUUAUCACGACUCAUUACUUGGAAGAAGCUCGAAGAACAGAUAUAAUUGGAUUCAUGAGAAAAGGUCAAUUACUCGAAUCAGGAUCACCAGCCCAAGUGCUCAAUCGUUUAUCAGUUAAUUCAAUCGAGGCUGCUUUCGCUCUGAUGUGCCAACAGUUCAAGAAAAACAAGAAAAAUCGUCCAUCUAUUCAACACGACGAGUUAAACCUUAUCAAUGUCGUUAAAAACACUCAACCAAAUUUAUCGAAACAAAUGACCGAUCAAAGUCUCGAAAAUUAUCAACUAAUCAAGCAAAUUCAUCUCAUUUCUCAUUUGAUUGGUUUCGACAAAGUUUCGUAAUACCAUUGAUUGUUUAU